AUGUCCACACUAACAUGUGCUGAGGGCCUGGUGAUAGCGGUUAGGAAGAUGAAAGCAGUUAAUCAGGUCAGAGUGCUCCACACAAGUUAAUGCUCCCUUGUUCCCCUACAUUAAAGCUUUCUUAACCAUAACAGUUGACAUCAGUCUAGCAGAUGAUCUCAGCAGGAACUUUAAUAAUGAGGGGUAGAGGGAAUAAGGAUGGAAUCUGCCUGCCAGAUAUGUGCCUUUAGAAUCUAAACUGUGGUGCAUAUACAUAUAUGUGUAAAUUGAGUGUGAUCUGUUGUGUGGGUCUCUCUUGCCUAAAGUUUGGGGUUUGUGUGUUUUAUACGUGUGCCAUUAUUGUGAGUUGUGCUGUGUGUCUGUGUUUCAAGAUGUGCCAGUGAACUUCCAUCUUGAGCUUUGUAUAUUUGAUUGAAAGAUAAAACAAUUACAAUAAUUUUAAAUAGAGCAAAAAACAAACAAACAAAAAAUAUUAGUGUAAAUUAAUUCCUUUUAAAACUGCAGCAACAACCAUAAACCAGAUCUUUCUUGUGGUCUGGUUUAUGGUUGUUGCCAUCCUUCACUUGCAAAAACAAAGAAAAAAACUUUUAAGCUAUUACUUUCUCAUAUUAUAGGUUUAGACUCAACUCUAAAAUGUUUGUCUGUCAUUUGCUUGCUCUCAUGCGAUAUAUUCCUACUGUAUAACUAAAAUUCCGAGGGAUAUCUUGGCUCUAUAGAACUGCUAAUAAUUCUUAUUAUUUUCAGGUGAAUCCUAUGAAAACUGUUCUAGAGCACUCCUGAGUUUGUUUUUAGUGAAACCUUUUUCACCGGCAUUCUUUAACCACUAGAUGUAAGGUUUUGUUACAUACAGCACAUGACAUAUUAAAGACACAAUUUAGAAUCCUCAGGACAUAUAAACUAGGGAUGCAGAUCUCCAUAUUAGCGUUACAGAUAAGCAUAUGUUAGUGAUGUUAGAAAUCUCUGCUUAAGGACAGCGUACUAGUCUCAAACAUACUAUUUUCUGAUAAAUUAUCAGCACUUUCUUUGCUUGGCACAGACAAAAAAGUAGCCUGAUUGUUAGGUAGAUACAUGCUUAGACUUAUUCUCAAGUACCCAGUAAGGUCCAUUCCUAUCUAUGCAAUCUCCAGUACAUGACUAGAAUUAUAUUACACACCCACAUCUAAAUGCAAAAUAUAAGGUCUAUAUCUUUGGAUUUUGCAAGCCAUAUUAACUGUUCACCUGCUAUUGAAGCAAUAACAAAUCAAUCUAGUGCUUAGUAAUAAAACUCUAAUAUUUUAAAUAAAAUACAUUUAUGAGCAUAUUCUAAAUGGCAAUAUGUGCAAUGUAUUCAUUUUCACAUAUCCCUCAAUUUUCUUAACCCAUGUGAGAAGGCAAGUCAUCUAAGAACCAAAAACAUUAUGCACUUAUCCUACUAAAUUAGAAAUGCUGAUUUUAUUGUCUAAUGAACAUGCAUUGAAUAGUUAAAUAGAAUUGGCUAAUUCAGUCUAAUAUAAUCAGGAUGAUUUAGUAUGACCAUGUCCUCCAAAGCUCUCCUGAAAUGCAGUCUUUGUGUUUGGAGUAUCACAACAUAUAAUUCAUCUAUGCAUUCCCCAGCUAUGUCCCUUAUAAUACAGUAUGUGACAGAGAGCAUUACUGACAUUAGCAGAAAGGGGGGAAUGGCUGUCCCCUUUAGACUGGCAGCACACCAACUGUAAAAUACAAUGUUCAAUGUAAUUGUACCUUUAGACCAUUUUAUUUUCCAGAAGUCUAAUGAAUGCUUUCACCUUGAACAGUGUGGUACCAACACACACCUGGGGUGAAAUUUCAAUAGACCGUGCACACAGGACUUUAAAAUGGGGAAAACGAAAGUGGACUAAACAUAAGCAACAUAUUUAUGUACAUUGUAACAACGAUAUAUAACACUUCACAUACCUGUGAGAUGUUAUGUAGGUAGGCAGACAGGUAGAACAGAUAGGAUAGAGGAUUAUAUAUAAAUAUUGAAUAGAUGAUGAUAGAUUAGAGGUAGAUAGACUAGAUAGAUAGAUAGAUAGAUAGAUAAAACCAGUAUGUGCAAUAAUAAUGGUCUAUGAAAAUAGAGAGAGGGGGGGGUGUGUGUGUGUGUGUGUGUGUGUGUGUGUGUGUAUACACACACACGUGGACACAUACCCACACAUCACACCACACACACACACACAACCUUCCUAAUAUAUGCAUUAGCUGAUGAAAAUAAUGAUUUUGGACUCAGUGCUCCUUCCAUUCACAGGUUAACAUGACAUACAGUGUGCAUGGCUACCCUAGCACUGCUUGCCGAACCGUAAAGAAGGAAGUGAAAUGUCUAACGUACACACGCCCCGCUCCAUACCGGAGAAGAGUCUCCCAGCUGCGGUUUGGCCACCAUCCUGACCCUGACAAAGCUGACAGUCCCCACGGCCACACUGGACAGGCCCAGCCCUAUCUCCAGCAGAGAGAGCACCAGGAGGCUGCCGAUGAUCUGACCGCUGGUGCACAUCCUGCUCCGGUCAUCGUUCCUUCAAGAUCAGCCGAGGAAGACCAGCAUUCGGCAGCUCAGUCUGGUCCCCAGUCUCCCCCGUUUCCCCCUUCACCGCUAUUGCCUCCGCUGCUGUCCCUGUACUCCUCCAAACUUUUUGCUCGUCAGCAAUGUAUUGGAAUCCAAGCAGAAUCUCGCGUUUCAGCUAAACCGUCAGCACUUUACAAUGUAACAAAUAAAACUCCCGAGCGCCUGGAAGCUGGAGAGAGUUUGAAGACAGGAAUAAAUGAACCAGAGCAGAGCUAA